AUGCCGCCCACUCUUCGCCUGUCUGUGCCCGUGACGCACCAGCACCACUCCGCCGUCCUAGGACGCGACGACUACGAAACGCCGAGCAGCACCGCAUCAGACUCCGAUGACAGCUGCUCCUCCGGGAGUGAGGACGAGCAGCCAAACCAGGUGUACUCUCCCACACGCCUAGUCUACAACCUGGACGCCCUUCCCGAGAAAACCAAGUCGACUGUUCGCGACGCCUUCAACGAGCCGCCUGCCAUGGUCGUCCAGCACUGCCGCCAGGUCGAGGAGGACACCUUUGCCUUUCAAAUGUCCGAGGUCGUCACGCGCUCCAUUCGCAUCCGCGCGCCCUCGUCCGGCCGAGCACGCCUAACCUGCUCCUGCCGCCAAGGCGCCACCGCCACAGUUCGCGACAGUAGCAAGGACAAGGAGCAGCAGCAACAGCCGUGCCACCAUGUCCUCUGGCUCCUCGACCAGCUCGCCAAACAGACCCUCUACGAAACCGAUCACGAGAAGCCGCUGACAAUGACGUCGGCCGGCUACCCGGAGGAGAUGGGCGAUCCCUUCAGCGCCAUCGCCGACCAUCACCUAAACAUCGUCGCCGACGGUCUGCACUGCCGCCACGUGGACCGCGACUGCUACGACCCGCGGCGGGCCGACGAGAAGCGCAUGCGCGAGUCACGAGAGCUGCUAUCUUCGGUGUAUAAGAGGGCCGCCGAUGUUUCGGACGAGUCGCCCGCGGUCCAACCCGCCCGCGACCCGCGCUGCCUUGACCACACCGUCUUCAAGAUGCUCGUCGACGACGACCUCUUCUUCCACUACUUCCUCUCCGAGGCGACGGCUGCGCGAGGCGGCAGCGACGCGAUGCAGCAGUUCCGUCUGCUUACUCAUCGCAUCAAUGUCGUCCUACAGGACUUUGACCAACACAACUACCACCGCUCCGACACCCCAUCCUCCAGUACCACCACACCCUCGACACACACCGUCGCGUGGGCGGCGCGCCACAUCCGCGGCGUCAUCAGCCUCGUGCGCUACGCCAUCUGGAGCGGCAAGCGACCGCUGAACGCCGCGGAGAGGGCCGCCGCGGCCAAGACCCUACUACACGUGCUCGACGGCGUCGUCGGCCGCGGGGGCGACCUCUUGCGGCACUUCCUCGGCGACGACGGGUUCGUGCUAGACGAGCUCGAGACGAUCCCCGAGGGCGCGGCGCUGCAUGCGCACGCGCUGGAGCGGCUCGCGGAGAGGAUGGCGCGCUGCGGAGCGUCUUCGUCGUACGCGAUUCGGUUUCGCAAGUUUAUCACGCAGAUCAAGGCGCGCGAAGAGGUGCCGUCGGCGAGUCUGAAGCGCAGCUGCAGCGAGGACAGCGAGGCGGCUGUGUAUAAGCGUAGGAGAUGA